GGCCGGCAGGGGGCGCUGCUGGCGGCCGCCAUGGCCGCCGCCGUGCCGCUGGGCUGCGCCGCCAUCGCGCUCGGGCCCGCGGCCGCGCUCCUGCUGCUCACGGUGGCGGCGGAGCCGCUGCUCGUCAUCGUGCUGCUGGCGGGGGCGUUUUUCUGGCUGCUGUCGCUGCUCGCGGCCUCGCUGCUCUGGUGCGUGUCCGUGCGGCUCGGCGGGCGGGAGGACGCGGCGCUGCUGCCGCUCGGGGCCGCCGCCGCCGUGCUGCUGCAGGAGCUCUGCCGGUUCGCCUGCUUCAAAGUGCUCAAGAAGGCGGAUGAAGGGCUGGCGGCUCUCAGCGAGGAUGGGCGGUCUCCGAUCUCCCUGCGGCAGAUGGCUUACGUGUCCGGGCUCUCCUUCGGCACCAUCAGUGGCGUCUUCUCCAUCACCAACAUCCUGGCGGUCUCUGCGGGGCCGGGCACCGUCGGGAUCCACGGGGACUCCCCAUACUACUUCAUCACCUCUGCCUUCCUCACCAUGGCCCUGGUCCUGCUCCACACUUUUUGGGGCAUCAUCUUCUUCGACGCCUGUGAGCGGCGCCGCGCCGGGGGCCUGGGGCUGGUGGUGGGCAGCCACCUGCUCACCUCGGGGCUGACCUUCCUGAACCCGUGGUACGAGGCCAGCCUGGGCCCCAUCUUCAUCCUCACGCUCUGCACUGGCCUCUGGGCCUUCAGCACCGCUGGUGGCUCCUUCCAAAACGUCCUCAAGUGCCUCUCCUGUAAGCAGGAGCCUGAGGGCCAGGCCAUGCUCUGCUCAGCACUGCAGGUGCCUCCUGAAGGGUGAGGGAGCCGUGGCCCCACAGCCAGACACUCCUGCCAUUGCCUUCACCCUCCUGCUCCAGGGGAAUUUGUGUGUGCCCAGUUCCUGGGGGCCUUUGGGGUCUGACUGGUGGUCCCAGGGGGUUUUGGGGUCUGACCACCACCCUUUUCCCUUUGUUCCCAGAUUCUCAUAACACCUUUCCCUCCGUUUGAGGCUCUGGGGAAGGCCAGGGUGGGCCGGAUGCCCUGGGGGAACUCAGGGCAGGACCCCUCCCCAUUUCCUCGUGUUUGUCACCCUGUGGGGGUCCCUGGUGCAGCCCCUGCUGAUGCUCUGGGGGUGGGGGGCACUGGGGCUGGGAUGCUGUGCCCUUCUCACCCCUGUUCAGCUCCCGGGGGGCUUGGAGGUGCAGCGGGGGGUAAGUUAUUUUUUUGAUUAAAAGUAAAACCCUUUUGUAAAAGCAC